UCCAGCGCCGCGGGGUGCUGUGGGCCCGCCUCUUUCUCUCCUCCGCUGCCCCGCGUGUCUGUGAGCGACAGGGCUCCUCUGCACGCCGCGAGCUCGGGCCUUCGCCGCCGCUGAGGACCAGCUGUCCCCGGGCCUGAGGGUCUGGGCGACGAGGAGAAUGGACGCUCCUCCCGACGCCUGGGACCCCGCCUCCGCUCUGCUGUCGCUGUGGACCUGCAGGUUCUACCUGUACCUGGGCUUUGCUGUCGGCCUCGGCGUGUGGAUCUGCGUCCAGGUGCUCAGCAGGCAGGUCAAGAAGUCACAGGAGAGAUCUAUUCCAAAAGCAACUCAGGAUCUUAUGACAAAUGGUUAUACCACCCUUCCAAAGAAGCAAAUCUUUGUAUCUGGAGUGAAGAUUUUCUAUGGUUCCCAGACUGGUACAGCAAAGGGAUUUGCAACGGUUCUUGCCAAAGCAGUGACUUCCCUGGAUCUGCCUGUGGCAGUUAUUAAUCUGAAAGACUAUGAUCCAGAUGAUCAUCUGGCAGAAGAGGUCACUAGUUCAAGUGUCUGUGCCUUCCUGGUUGCCACGUAUACUGAUGGCCGGCCAACCGAGGGUGCAGAGUGGUUCUGCAAAUGGUUAGAAGAGGCAUCCAGUGACUUUCGAUUUGGCAGAACUUACCUGAAGGGUAUGAGAUAUGCUGUGUUUGGCCUGGGAAAUUCUGCCUACCCAAGCCACUUCAACAAGGUUGGGAAGAAUGUUGACAAGUGGCUCUGGAUGCUUGGUGCUCGCCGUGUGCUGGCCCGAGGGGACGGGGAUUGCGAUGUGGUCAGAAGCAAGCAUGGCAGCAUCGAAGCCGACUUCAGAGCCUGGAAGACCAGAUUUGUCUGCCGGCUGCAGGCUCUUCUGAGAGGAGAGAAGUCCUGUGGUGGCAAGUGCGAAUCCAAGCAGCACAGCUCUGAGGACGUGGAGCCAGCGCCUCACCCUGGGGCCGCCUUGCGUCACGGGGACACCAAGGAGGAAGAGCCGUGUGAGAGCAGCAGCGAGGAAGAGUUUGGUGCUGACGACCACGGGGGCCUGAGUCCUGUUGUGGAUGUGGAGGAUCUUGGCAAAAUGAUGAGUCUCGCCAAGAAAGAGAAGAGAGAAGAGGAGCAGCAGGAAGAGAGAAGUUCGUUCAGGAACAGAGGGAAGAAGGAGGGUGUUGAAGGAAGAGCCAUGCUCACGCCUGCUCUCCGGGAAGCCCUCACGAAGCAAGGUUAUCAGUUGAUUGGGAGCCACUCCGGAGUGAAGCUUUGCAGGUGGACAAAGUCGAUGCUGCGGGGGAGAGGCGGCUGCUACAAACACACCUUCUACGGCAUUGAGAGCCACCGCUGCGUGGAGACCACCCCCAGCCUGGCCUGCGCGAACAAGUGCGUCUUCUGUUGGCGGCACCACACCAACCCUGUGGGCACUGAGUGGCGGUGGAAGAUGGACCAGCCUGAGAAGAUCUUAGAGGGCGCUGUGCAGAGCCAUCUGGACAUGAUGAAGCAGUUCCGAGCAGGAGUACCAGGUGUCAAAGCAGAGCGCUUCGAAGAAGGAAUGAAGGUCAAGCACUGUGCGUUGUCCCUCGUGGGGGAACCGAUAAUGUACCCAGAGAUCAAUAGGUUCUUGCAGCUACUCCACCAGCGCAAAAUCUCCAGUUUCCUGGUCACAAACGCACAGUUCCCUGCAGAGAUCAGAAACCUCAAGCCGGUCACUCAGCUGUAUGUCAGCGUGGAUGCCAGCACCAAGGACAGCCUGAAGAAAAUCGACCGCCCGCUCUUCAAGGAUUUCUGGCACAGAUUCCUUGACAGUUUAGAAGCCUUAGCAACAAAGCAACAGCGUACCGUCUACAGACUGACGCUUGUGAAGUCUUGGAAUGUGGAUGAACUCCAGGCCUAUGCCGACCUCGUGUCCCUGGGGAAUCCUGACUUCAUUGAAGUGAAGGGCGUCACCUACUGUGGAGAAAGUGCGGCCAGCAGUCUCUCCAUGGCCAACGUGCCCUGGCACGAGGAGGUGGUGCGCUUCGUCCGCGAGUUGGUGGCUCUGAUUCCUGACUACGAGAUCGCCUGUGAGCAUGAGCACUCCAACUGCCUGCUGGUGGCACACAGACAGUUUAAGAUCGAUGGAGAAUGGUGGACAUGGAUCGACUACGGCCGCUUCCAGGAGCUCAUCCAGGAAUACGAAGACAGCGGUGGGUUGAAAACCUUCAGCACGAAGGACUAUAUGGCCAAAACUCCCCCCUGGGCAGUGUUCGGUGCCAGGGAGCGAGGCUUUGAUCCCAGGGACACGAGAUAUCAGAGGAAGAGCAGAUCGAAGGACCUUUCUGGAUGUUGAGCUUGCUGGACCCAGAGCGGAAGUCCCGAGGUUCUGGGCCUGCCGAGACUUUCCCAGGGACAAAUCAGGCACAUCCUGUUUCCUCCAGGUGAGGGCCCCUCAGGGGUCGGACAGGACCCAUACUCAGGCCUGGGGCGGCUCCAGCACUCUGGCCAGGACUGUCCCUGUCCAUCUGUACUUCUGAGAGGAGAGUGGGGAGGGGCAGGGCUGGAGGGGUCACUGGGGUUGGACCAGCAGUUUUGGACUCACGAAGCUACGUGGCCGCGCCCUGUAGGGGGCCUGGCCCUUCUCUGUGCCUGGGUGUGCUCAGCAGUGGUGCCCGGCCACGUGGGUCUGCCCCGUCCCUCCUCACGACUUGAGACGACCUCUCCCACAAAGACCGUUUCUAAACACUGCGUCGUGACACCUCUGUUCAUCUCCAGCGCUUUGUGAAACGGCUCUGGACCGCACUCUGUCUCUGGCUGUCCCCACGGUCACCGUGGACCAGCACAGUCUGGCAGAGCAGAGGCAUCCUGCAGCAGAGGUGCUGCCUGACUGCCCGGCCUGGCCGGCUCCUGGUUGGCAGGGUGGCCAUGGGGCCUCUUGUGGCACCCAGCAGGUCUCCCUCCUCCCCCGCCAGCCUUGCUGAGCCCGCAGUCUGUCCUGGAGGGUCAGGCUUUCUCUAGCUGAAACAACGGACCCAGUGUCUUUUCUCAAGUGUCACAGUCGCUUUAAAAUUCUUUUACCAAAAAAUAAAUAAAGAGU